AUAAAGGACAACAACCUGCCGUCUUUGGUUCGAAGCAGUCGUGGUGGUGGGUAUACCGAGUGGUGGGCAGUAUGGAUCGUGGAAGCACGGGCUAGACCUGGGAAAGCGGUCUCGUGCCUCUACCCAUGACCGGGCGAUUUGCCCUUCCGCCGUUGCUGACCGUCGCCGCUUCGAGCUCUGACGGCGGGGGGCGCGGCGUGGUUGCGGCUCUCGGCAACCGGCGGCAUUGUGCGGCUUUGGCGGUUGAUCCACCCGACCACGGUGAGAUUCCGCUUCUCCACCAACCAACGGCAGCCAAACAUCAACGCUGCCUCAACUCGGCUUUACUUGCGUAUCUCGUCAUUCUAUGCGCAAAUGCGGAAGGUUGGGGGUUUUUGGGGUCAUCUGAAGGAAGCUACCACCCAAUUGCUGAAAGCCGAUGCACAGUGGGCAAAAGCCGGUCAGUAACUUGCCGCAAGACCCGAGAAACCCCUCCCUUGACGGAAACGGGCUCGGAAGGGGCGCAUGCUUCGGCGUGUCACAGCGUGUGUAAUGCCCUUGCCGCAGGGAAUCAGUGCCUACACAGUACAAACUGGGUCUUGGGGCGUAUGGUUGUGGUCAGAAUGUUGGUUCCGUCUCCGUCUGAUUACUGUGUUGGAUCUUGGGGGGAACAGGGGCACUGACCGUUAAGCCGAGUGCUUCACUUUCAACCCUCAGUCCCAUAUAAGUCACUGUUCCCUACCCACCUAACCCAGCAUCUACCUACCAACCAUUGAAUCGUGAUCCUUCUUCACACACCUCGUG